ACUGUUCGACCAGUUCAGCUCGUUCAAAACGAACUGUUCGAAAAGUUCAGCUCGCUCGAAAAGAACUUUUGAACAGUUCUUUCGCUCAUUUGAACGGAGUUCGUGAACGUGAGCUGGUGAACCCCUAGAGUUGUCGAACUGCGACAACCUAAUUUUCAUAGACUGUAGUUUUUGGACUAUAAAAGCAGUAAAACGUUCUGAAUCCAGAGUUUUAGUCCUAUUAUCUCACAUAGAAUUAAAUUCUGUGUCUUUUGAUAUAUAAACAAAGUUUCUCAAUUGAAACCAUUAAUUAAAAAAUUAAUUUUAUAUAUAUUUUAAAUUGAAAAGCCGGUUGAAAACUCAUUAUGACACCAGCUGACGUAGUCGAAACAUUGCAUGAAGUUGUAAAUAAGAUCGAUAGAGCGAAAAAUUCUCUAUCUUUCUACCUAGAAAAAUUAACUAUUGAACCUCAGACAAUGGGCUAAAAAUCUGAAAUAUCGAGACAACAAAAGCAAGUCGCAGUUCGACAACUCAACACCCGUCAAUAUUUUGAACGAUACUCAAACACGAAAAAUGCUCUCAGAGAUUCAAAUGCUAGAUUUUGUAGAGAAUUCAAUUCUCUAUCUUUUGCUAUAUAAAGGAACUUUUCAUUUGAAGAGGAAGUACGAAACAAAAUGCAGUAACAAAACACAAUUAAUUAUGAAUCAACCUGAUAUUAUUCUCAUUAUCAUCUGCUACCACACGCUUAAUGCAUAUGUAUUUCUGAAAAUAGAUUCAUACGCAUGUGAACUAAAUCGAAAAACAUUUAAUACAUGCUUUGGUAGUUAUUGUUUAACCAAUAAAAUUAUUUAUAAUAAUUUAUACGCAUUUAUUUCUACAGACCAAUACUCAAGGGAGAAAAGGCAACUUAGCAUCGUUCAGCAUUGGAUGCUGAGCAUUUCAAGCUUCGGAAAGCAUUUCAAGGACUCCGAAAAGCUCCUGAAGUCGUCUUUUCCCCCUUGCCAAUAUGCCGGCAUUGUAACAAAAUCUUUAUUUUUAUUUGAAGCUGUUGUUGUUUUUAUUGCCUAACUUGUUUAUUCAUGACCUUGUUUACAUAUUGUUUGUAGGAUAUAUGUUUAGAUUUCUAUAUGAAUAUACAAAGAAGGAUAGUUCAUGAAAUAAUAUCUGUGUACAUCCACACAGAGUAGGAAACUAAUAUUUUUGAUUAUUUAUAUACUCCAGUUGAUUCAACAUAAAAAAAGCCUUUUUUUCUUUCCAACUAGCGUUUGGCCGACAGAAAAAAUCCUGUAAGACUCUGAGACUCAAAAGGUUUUAGUCCGGUGGAGUCUCUCCUAGUCAAAGGAGUCUUAAGACUCGAUGAGUCCAAGAGUCUGCUGUUAUUCUUGGUUCUAUUAUAAAAAAGAGGUUUCUGUCCUUGUUUCAAUUCAAUUUCCCAGUUUCUACUUUGUUCUUGAUAACAGAUACACAGAAAAGCGACGCUCACUAUUCCAAAGAUAUUCCUUAAAUCCAUAUAAAAACAGCCGUUUUUCUUAGGAGUUUUUCAUAGUUUCCGUAAUUUAGUUAUGUUUAAUGAUUCUUAAGGAAUGUACCACUUCGGUUAUGCAUAAAGUUGUUGAUGCACAUCGUUUUGGAAAGUUUCAUUAGUUCAAAAUAUCAUAUUUAAAAAAAACGAUCUUUUUUGUACAUUUUCAGGCCGAUAAUACACAAAAUCUCUCAAACAUAACACUACCACGUCUUAACCAUCAAGAUUUAUUAUUGAAGCGUUCUGUAAAACAAUUGGAUAUUGAAACGAUGACAAAUGUGUUGAUGUUAAAUAAAUAUGACGAUGUAACUGUUCUAUGUAUGCUCGUGAAACAUUAUAUCGUAAAGAAGAUUAAUUCAUUUUAUAUAUUUCGCAUAACUCAACAAAUGUAUCAUGAUUUGAUCGAUGAUAAACGAUAUUCAAAAUUAAUUAAUAUUUAUACAGAGUAUAAUCAAUUAUUUGAAAUGUUAGAAAAACAAAUACGUUCACUACUGAAACACUUAUCAAUAUUCAAAUUAUUUGUUAAAAAUAAUAAAUCGAUUCGUGAUCUUGAACGCGGAUCAACAGAAUUUUUAUAUUAUCAAUUAUUAUGUGAUGUUUUAAUGAGUAUGAGAACACAAACUGAAGAAGCAAAACAGGAUAUGUUAAACUAUUGUCGCUUGUAUUAUCAAAACGAUGAUGUUAGUAUGAAAAAAAUUGAUGAAUUUGAAAAAAUAUACGAAUCAUCACAAGCUAUACAAGAUAUAAAUGCUUUGUAUAAUUUAAGAUAUUUUAUUGUUCAUUUAUGUAAAAAUUUGACAUUAAUCUAUGAUGAAUAUUAUCAAACAUAUCAAGAGAAUUUUGAUUCACUUAUGUUCUAUGGUGGUUUUGAAUUGUCUGAUGAAGGUAUUAAAGAAUUGAAACAAUCAAUUGCUCAUUUACAUUUUAAUAUUGCAGAAGUUUAUGCAUUCAAACAUUGUCAACAAAUAUUAGAAAUAUUUAGUGAAUUUUAUCCAAAAUAUCCAGUUGGAAUAGCUGAUAUAUGUGAUGUUCUGGGUGAAAUCUAUUAUAAAAUGACUAAAUAUGAGUUAUCACUUGAAUAUUUACAUUCCGAGCCUCGUUUUGAUUAUAUUAAUCGUAUUUUACCAAAAAAAGAUGUAAGUAAUUUACAAUAUUUGCCGAAUGCAUUACGAAAAGAUGGAUAA